AAACUGUUAUUUAAAAUAUUUUUUUAUCAUACAUAUUUUAAGAUUUCAGUACUUUUCUCUUUGAUAAAUAUACUUCUUGUAUUUGAUAUAGUUAAUUAUAUAUUCAAAUAAAAUAAAAUAUAAAUGAAACCUGUUCUUAUUAACACUUCACGAUUAAUUGCUUUGUUUCUUUUCGUCAAUGUGUAUAAUCUUUUUUUCUUUAACGAAAAUCUGUAAUGAUCUUGUUAGCGUGAAUGAGUAUUAUUAAACACACGACGUUGAGGAAGAUGCGGAUAAGUAUUGUUCCGCAUUCCUCUCGCCGUUGCAACCAGCCAUAAUAGCCGGCCGUGCGAGCGGUUAUUAGAGUCGGGUAGUAUAGUUAGCGCUUGGAAGUCUCAUAUACUAGAAUUCUAUUAUUACAUCGGGUUGCCGGCUUAAACUCAGUUGGUCUUGGCUCUCUGAACCGUGAGAACGGCUUCACUUUUCGCACACCUGAGAGUCGAAGCUGCCACGUUUAUCGUGGCCGGUCCAUCGCUGUUACAAGCAGAACAACGCAGUUGUUUAGUCAUCCCCUCGACAAGCGCAUCGAUCAUACCUCGCUCGAUCGUUUGUUAUUGUUUCCCCGUUUUGUCGUCGUUAACUAUCGUCAUUUGGUGUAAACAGAGAAAAAAAGGUGUAAAAGAAAAUGCCAUACUAUAAUGAUGUCCCAUAUUAUUACGGAGGAGGAGCUUACGCUAAUCACAGCUCGUUAAUGACGGGUACAGCACGAACGCCCUUUCAUACUCCACUGUCGCGUUUCUCGCCGCAUCUGUCAACAAUCUCCGAAUCCCCACUCAGCCAUCUACAUCGUUUCUCGCCGAUCUCUGUGAGAUCAGCAAGACGAGUGAUUGACACGGCGGAUAUCGAUGUUUCGUCACCGAGAAUACUCUCACAUAAUGGAAAUCCUCCCAAAAAUCGUCUACGUCGCGAUCGGCCAACUAUCAAGAUCAGAUCGCAGGCUGUAAAAGACAAUCCAACAUUACGCGAGCACAAUGAGAGGCACGAAAAAUCGGUGGGUGAGCUUCUAAUGGAAAAAUUUUUAAUUAAGGAUAAGAAGUUGAUUAGCGACGAGAGUCAACAAGGAAUACGUUUAUAUCAUCAAAUCAAUUUAGAUCGUUUAGAAAAUCCUCAGGAGCGAGAAGCUGUGCAGACGCGAAUCACUCGCAGAUUCACGCGACGCAGGUCUUCCGCUGAUUUACAGCUCGAUCCCGAACAAAUGCAACGGGAGGCUGCGUACGCGCAAGUGCAGGCGAAGGUCCUGGAUAGCCUCGUAGCCGAGGAACAAGCUCAGAUCGAGAAUGAAGCUCGUCGAGGUACUUUAAUAUUCAGAAACGGAACAAUAGCAAGAGGCCCGAUCAUCGAACACUCCUAUGUGAAUACCGUUGAUUCUGAUACAAUGACACAGGAGGAAGAGGAAGCAGCUAGGACAAGGAUAAGGAAAGCCAUGAAAAAAACAAAAAAGAAAAAGAGAUUAUCUGUUGAUAAACAGUUGUCGACUGAUAAGGUUGAUAACAGGCGAUCAAGCACCUCUAGCGAAAUUUCCACUGACUCGCAAAAUAAAGAAAAUGAUGAGUCUCGACCUCAGAUGUAUAAGAUUGAAGCAUGUAACAGUGCCGGGGAUUUCUCCACAAUUUGGGUGAAUACAAGCGUUGAGAAUGAAGGACGCAAAGCGACAGUUGAGAAAUUCAAAGAGAGUGUAAAAGUUUCCAGGAGAUUUGAAACUGAAAAUGAAACGGACAUUUCCUUAAACGAUACAGAAGAAGCGGAAACACAGAUCGUGUUGGCAGUACGAAAGCCUUAUGUAAAGGAUACAUCAAGAAACAGUGUGUAUUUGACAAUGAGGAAGCCCACGGAAGAACUUAACGAAAAACUUAAAGAAAUUGAGAAACUUGAUGUAAGAACAGGUGAAGAUCAAUUGAGCUUAACGAAUGGCUUCGCCGAUGUUGAAAAUAAUUUUCUCAGAAACGCAUCAAAAGAUUCUACAGAUAUAGAUUCAGUGGAGUCGAAUUGCAAGAUUCAAGCGGCAAGUGAUAUUAAAGACUUUAAAGCGUUAAAGAAAAUAGUGUAUAAAAACAUGGAAUCCUCGGCAAAGAAGGAUAUCCAUUCCGUAUCGAACGAUGACUCAUGGGAUAAACGAGAUGCUGUUGUCUCAGCAACAAAAAAAAGCGGUACACGAGUAAUAAUUAGUAAAGAUCCAUCAUUUUUGAAAGAAGCCGAGACAACUGCAAGUUCCAUGCAAUCGAACGACGUUUCAGCUUUCAUUUCGACGAACGCAUCAAAAAAUGAUUUGCAGAUGGAAUAUCUUCGAGGAAUUGAAGACAUUUCGACAAAGAUGAGAACGGAAGAUACUUUCAUCGUAGAUAUAAAAAAUGGUGAAAGUAAAAAAAAUCGUAAUACGAUUGAUAAUGCUACCAAGAAAAUAUUUGAGUACCUAGAAACUGAUUUGACUGUCAAGAUACCGGAAGUACUCACUAUCGAAAAUCCUAUUGUUUCCAUUGAAACAGAUAAGUUCAUAACGGAAAAAGAUAGGCCAAAGAUCUCCGUGAUGUCGCAUGACGAGAACAUAAUAAACUUAAGCGUUGUCGAGACCGAAGCCAGCGACAAUGUUGGUAAAAACAGCGUCAGCAGUGCAAUGCUCACGACAAAUAGCGCGACCUGUCGUCUGCCAAAACUGUCUAAAAUUAAUACGGAUAGAAAUAAUACCGUAGAAGCGCCAAAGCUAUCGUUACGAGAGACUGCAGAGUAUCUGGCUGACUCGCCGAAAAGUGAUCACGACGUUGUCGGAGCCGACGACGCUGUCGCAUUGUCGGAAAAGAACAAAACAUCGAACUUGGCGCAAGUUUCUUCCUUCAAUGCCUCGAAGAAAACCAAUAGCGUAGAUGCAGAUAAACCAAAUUUUAAACUCGAUACGACUCGAUAUAAUGAUGCAGUCAAAUUGGAGGCUAAAGAAACGACCUUGUCCAAGGAAACAAGCGACAAAGGGCAUAAUAAUAAAUAUUUUGAAGAGGCAAAACUACGAAUGGAUAUUAAGCCGGCAAAAGAUAUCAAUCUGACGUUGAGAAACAACGUGAAAGAGAUUGAUGCAAAUGUGUUAUCCUUGAAAACGACUGAUUUAUCAAAUACUGAAGAAAAAGUAAUCAUCACCGAAGCAAUAGUCGAUGCGAAAGAAGUGAAAUUAUUAAAGACUGAUACGAUUAAAAGAAUUAAUCGUAUUGACGUAGUAAAGGAUUCGUCGAAAGAUUCAAGUUUCAAGAAUAAGAUGUUGAAGCUUAAUACUAAAAUGCCGACAUUCUUAAAAGAUAAUGUGAACGGAAGCAUUGUUGCGAACUCAAAUAUUGAAAAAGAUUCAGACACACUUAAAAUAAUGAAAGUUAGAGAUGGCAAAUCAUUUUCUUGUAAUGAUGCCAAUGAUAAGACAAGGAUUUUGAAGAAAAGCCUUUCCGUUGACUCUUCGAAUAUGAUAAAUAAUCUCUCGGCGAAUAAUAUCCCCAAAGUUUUCCAGCAAUCCAUAUCUAUUGAUAAAAAAGACACAGACAAGGAUAUAUCCAUCAAGACGACGUCAGAGGUAAAAUCUCUGAGUAAAGUAACAGAAAAGAAACCAAUGCAAGAAAUGAAGAUCAAUGCAAGUUGCAAUCCUCAAGAUGAAAGUGUAGUAUUAUCAAGGAGUGCCUCUACAGAGUCCAUUGAUUUUUGGAGCGAGAUCAAAGCUCCGAGUAGUCCUGAAACGAGAAUGAAGCAACAGAAUGGAUUUCCUUUUCGCGAGGCAAUUACUUCUAAGCUCGAAAAGAAAAUGAAUUCAAUGAAUUCAAAAUGGAAAGAUAAUGAAAAGAAAAAUGAGAUCGACAUUAAAAUGAGUACUGUGGCACUCGAAAAUUCGACAGUUGGAUCCAGCAACAAAGUCCUCGAAAAGAAAGAAAAAGAGAAAAUUGUUUCGGAAUCUUUAAGAGAGAAAAAAGCGGAAAUCGAAAAAUUUGCGACGAAAAUGGAAAAAAACGUGCCAAUGAUGCAAAAGGUGCCACCAAAAAAGAAGAAGAAUCUUUCGAUAAUGAUCGAUAAUAAGAACACAAGUUUACCCGGAAAGAAAGCUUCGUUGAAGCGCAACGAUUCUGGUACAGCAACUUCCGCAACUACUCCAGUCGAGAUUGCCAUACCGGUAAUAAAUAUAGUUGAAGCACCCAAGUUGUUCGAAGAGUCUGACAAUCGGAAGGUCGAUGAGGAACAUGAGGAUCCCAGCACUCCAACAAACGAGCUGUCACCCGAUCCUUCUUUGAUCAGGAAAAUUUCAAGGUGGAGCAAUCAGGAUGAUUUGACAAACACCGACGAUGUGGAAACUCCGGUUGUGUCAGAGGAAACUAGUCUAACCGCCAGUCCUAGCAUUAGUCCUCCGCAAUCCUCCAAAACAAAGCGUGUGAUCAAGAAGAAGAAAUCAUCGGGUAAAAAGACAUCGGAAACGAGCGAAAAGGGGAUUUGUAGCAACGAAUUAACGACGACAAAUCAACAGAAUGCUACCAAUACUAAACUUGUUUCCGAAAAGCAGCAUGUAGCGAAAAUUUCGCCAAAAGUGUCUCCUAAGGCCAGCCCGAAAAAUACGCCCUUGCAACGGCCGCUCGAUCUCAUAAAAAUGUUUUACACGACGCCGUCUGCAUUACUCACGGCCACGCCGCGGGAUCUUUCCAAAGUCAGACGGGCAAAGAUCAAGAGAAAACGGCAUCACUCGCGCACACCGUCUAUCAGUAGUGAUAGUGGAAGUACGACGAGUACUGCCACAACAGAGAGUAUGGACGAGAAUGGAUCGACUCGCAUUGAAUUGGAUGGUGAUUCCGAACAUAAGAGAAUACAUUCAACAAGGAGCAAUGAUUCCGGAUUCGACGGUUCACCAAGAAUUUCGAGUACUUAUUUUGCGAUUGUUUGCUCGUCAAAGUUUUGCUAUCGAAGACAACUUCCAAAUAUUUUUUUUAGAGAGAGAAAAUAUAUAAUACUUUGACGAUGUGACAUGAGAAUGAUAUUCGAAAUAAUUUAUAAAACACCGGAAAUGAUGAUUUGUUUAAAACUAAAUUAAAACUAAAUGUUAAUUAAUUAUUCUUGAAUUAUUGGAAAAAGAUAGUGUAGAAACAUUAAAGUCCAAAUUUAUUUAAUUAUUUUUCAUUAAUUUAAUAUACACAUAUAUUAUUACGCAUAUAUAUAAUUUUAAAUAUUAUCGUUAAUUUAAUAUAUAG